AUGCUUUACGGUUCUAGGAUGUUCGACGCUGAAAAAGUGACAUUGGCGGUGUACCAACUCCAAGAGAUUGCCCAUGAUUGGUGGAGGGCUACGAGAGUGACCGUUUUCCCUGAAGGAGUGGUGCCUAAUUGGAAUGCAUUCUCCGAGGCAUUCAUUGGGAAGUUCUUCUCUGCAGCUGCUCGGGAGCAGAAGUUAGUUGAAUUUCAGAACUUGCGUCAAGGCAACAUGACAAUCGAGCAAUAUGAAGCGGAGUUUGCAAGGCUAUCUAAGUAUGCUUCGCGGAUGGUUGAUAAUCCUUUGGAUAAGGCAAGAAGAUUCAGAGAUGGGCUACAACUCGACCUCCGUAGCCAACCGGGUGGCUUUGGACUGCAGAACUAUGAGGAGCUAUAUAGGCGGGGCCAACCGAUUGAAAGGGACAUGAGGGAAAGAAGGAAAAUCGCCCCUGGACCGCGGUUCGUUCCUCGGAGGGACAAUCGUAACUUUGGGAAGAGGCCAAUGAUGAACAACGGGUGA